GAGACUUUGACUCAAUUUUGCGUUUCAUAGCAAGUCUCCAAUUUCUUUUCGGUGUCAAAAUCUAAGCACUCAACAUGGGUCGUAUGCACGCUCCAGGCAAGGGUAUUUCCCAAUCAGCUUUACCUUACAGACGCACUGUGCCAUCGUGGCUGAAACUCAAUUCCGAGGAUGUCAAGGAUCAGAUUAAGAAACUCGGCAAGAAGGGUUUGACUCCUUCUAAAAUUGGUAUCAUUCUGCGGGACUCCCACGGCGUAGCCCAAGUGCGUUUCGUCAAUGGUAACAAAAUCCUGCGCAUCAUGAAAUCGGUUGGCUUGAAACCCGACAUUCCCGAAGACCUGUAUCAUAUGAUCAAGAAGGCUGUCGCCAUCCGUAAGCAUUUGGAGCGCAACCGCAAGGAUAAGGAUGGCAAGUUCCGUCUGAUUCUGGUCGAGUCUAGAAUUCACCGUUUGGCACGCUACUACAAGACUAAGAGCGUUCUAGCCCCCAACUGGAAAUACGAAUCCAGCACAGCCUCUGCUCUGGUUGCCUAAACUGGCAAUACAUUUGUACACACAUUAAAUAAACAAAACCAAACCUUA